AUGUUUGAGUCACAAUUAAAUGAACUAAAUGAAGAUUUUGGUUUCACACAAUAUGGAAUAUGUGAAUAUUGUGGGCGAGCGAAAACUGACCACAAAUGGUGCUUGACAUGUAACGCUAAGCACUUCCAAAAGAUUCAGUGGAGUAGUGGUAAUUGUAUGAUCGAUAAGCUUAUUAGGGACAUCCAAAAUAGCGCUGUCAAUCGUCAUAAUGUUCUGGAAUGGGUUCCAUUCGAAAAUUUCUCGGAUAUUUAUUAUAUUGCAGAAGGCGGUUACGGAAAGGUUUAUAAAGCAAAAUGGAAGAAUGGAUUCAUUUUAUACUUGGUAUAUGAGACUAAAAAAUGGCGGAGAAGUGGUGACACUUAUAUUGUUCUUAAAAGUUUAUACAAUUUGAAUAAUAUAACUAGGCAGUUUUUGGACGAAUCAGAAGGCUUCAGUGAAAUACAAGACCAGAUUAAGAAAAUUGAAAAAUCGCAAAACUUUGAAAGAUAUUUGAAUAAUAUACCAUACAACAACGGUAUUUCGUUGGAUUCUCAUAUAUCCUAUACGUCUUGUAUUUUAGAUAUUUCAGACAUAAAAUCUGCAGGAGUUAUCCAAUGUUUGAAUAAUAUGCCAUGUAACAGCUUUAUUUCGUGGAAUUCCCAUAUAUACCAUACGUCUAGAAUGAAUAUUUACGGGAUUGUAAAAUCAGUAGGAGUACCUCAUGUUAAUUUUUUUGUGUUAUCUGGUCGCGGAGAAACAUACAGAAAGUCACAUAAAUAUGACGAAUUAUUUUCAGAUCUUAAUGGACUAUUAGAAAGAGAACCGGAUAAUGCUCUUGCAUUACGUACACGCGGAAUAGCUUACAGAUUGUUGGGUAAAUUUAAUGAAUCACUUUCUGAUAUCAAUAGAUCAUUAGAAAUAGAACCAGAUUAUCCUUUUGCAUUCAAUAUACGCGGAAUAACCUACAGAAUGUUGGGUAAAUAUAAUGAAUCACUUUUAGAUUUUAACAGAUCAUUAGAAAUAGAAUCAGAUAAUUCUUUUACAUUAUGUGAACGCGGAAAAACCUACAGAAAAUUGGGCAAAUACAAUGAAUCACUAUUAGAUCUUAAUAGAUCGUUAGAAAUAGAACCUGAUAAUUCUUUUGUAUUACGUAUACGCGGAGAAACGUAUGGAAUAUUAGGAAAAUAUAAUGAAUCACUUUCAGAUUUUAAUAAUUCAUUAGAAAUAGAUCCAUGUAAUUCUUUUGCAUUAUGUGGGCGUGGAGAAACCUAUAGAAAUCUGGGUAAAUACAACGAAUCACUUAAGGAUCUCAAUAGAUCAUUAGAAAUAGAACCAGAUAAUGCAGAAGCAUUAAGUAUACGCGGAACAACCUACAGAAUGUUAUGUAAUUAUGAAGAAUCACUUUUGGAUUUAAAUAGAUCAUUGGAAAUGGAGCCUUGUUGUUCUUUUGCAUUAUGUGGACGCGGGGAUGUCUACAGAUUGUUGGGUAAAUAUAAUGAAUCACUUUUGGAUCUCGAUAAAUCGUUAAAAAUAAAACCAUAUGGUCCCCUUACAUUAAGAAUACGCGGAGAAACCAAUAGAAUGUUGGGUAAAAAUGAUGAAUCACUUCGUGAUCUUAAUUUAUCUUUAAAAAUAGAACCAGAUAAUUUUUUUGCAUUACGUGUACGUGGAGAAACCUACAGAAAGUUGGGUAAAUAUAAAGAAUCGCUUUUGGAUUUCAAUCGAUUAUUAGAAAUAGAACCAAAUAAUUCGUAUGCAUUAAGUAGACGUGGGGUAACUUAUAGAAUGUUGGGUACAUAUAAGGAAUAA